AUGGCGGGCCGGGCCUGCGUGCAAUGCACACUGCUUUGCGAGGACGCGGCAGCGAAGUGUUGCAGCCUUUGUGGUGGAGCAUUGGCGACGGCCUUCAGGUCCUUGAAGGGCAGCGCAUGUAUCGAUUUGGAUGAUGAUUCUCCAGGUGACUGCGAUGGCGGGCCGCCCCCGCCGGCACCAGCGAAGGGUGGGGAGCCAGAAAACAACCGGGCGUGUCCCAGAUGUACAUUGAUUAGCACUAGCGAUGACUUUGAAAACUGCGAAGCCUGCGGUGCGGAGCUGCAGCCGCCAAGGAAGCGGCCAAAGACAGUUGCCACCGGACAGGGCUCCGAACGCUCCCAACGCUCCGCCGGCCUCGCGGGCUUCUUCGGCAAAGCUCCGAAGGGCCCAAGCCGCGUGCCGAGUGCGGCGCUGCCCAGUGAAGAGCCACCGCUGCCGGCCCCAGCAGAACCACCGCCAGAUGUCGCUAACCAGGCGACGUCCCUGGCGCAGCCUGGUGCCACCUGGAGUGCCACGGCCACCGAAGAGUUGGGAAAGCCCUGCGAGAGCUUCAGCCAUCAACGGGUCACCGCAGGACUUCCUGCUGUGAAGGGCGUGCCUUACCGAGUUCUUGCCGUGGCUUUGGAUGCCUUGGAAGCCACAAAGAGCCGUUUGAGCAAGGACACCAUAUUGACGAAUGCCUUCCGCGCUUUGCUCGCCAUGUCAGCCUCUGUGGAGGAGGUGGCGGCUUCCUGCUACCUCUUUGCACCCGCCAAAGAUGCACAAUCCGGUGGCCACAGGCUCCGUCCAGAUUGGGCCGAGGGGAAGCCUUUGAGCAUUCCGCACAAGUCCAUCACGGCCUCCCUGCUGGAAGCCACCGGAUCCACCAAGGCAGAAAUGAAUCGUUUGUAUCACGAACUGCAUGACACUGGCGAGGUGGCUUUGGCCCUUCGCGAUGCUGGCGGCCGUCAGAAGCUCCUGAAGAAGCCUGCGCCGUUGACGGCGGGCUCAGUGCGCAAGGCGCUGCUGGCGCUGUCGGAGCUCAGUGGCCAGGGCGUGGAACGUGCCAAGACCGCCAAACUGGGCGCCUUGCUGCGGGCUGCUGAAGGUACCGAGUUGAAGUGGUUGGCUCGAACAUUUCUGCCACACAUGGCUGUGAGGAAGCUCAGCGGUCGGCUGAUGAUCGUGAGUUCACGCGCCAAAAACAUGGCAUUCAAUCACUAA